UGGACGGGUCAGCCCUAGCCCCACCUUCCAAAAAUAUUCUUCCUGGAACAUCCGACUGUCUAUGAGAACAACACUGCUAUACAGAGUUCUUCGCUUUGUGCCUGGUGAAACCAGAGGAACCUGUUUCUGAAUUACCAUAACCUGCACAGCAAAAAAAAAAAAAAAAAAAAUCAUCUGGAUUCCCCCAGGUUGCUGCCUCCACAGACUAGAGAGCAAGAGAGGGAUAUAUGAAAAUGAGUUUCCCUAAGGAGCCGAUAGGAGGCACUAGUGAGCAAGCCCAGAUGAAAUGAGGACCUGAGGAGCAGAGCCAUCUAAUGUAGGAGAAAUGUCUUCAUCUGGUGCCAACCAGAGGACUCCUGAGAGACCAGUCUCCCCCAUGUCCAGUGAGAGGAGUGAGGAGGGCAACAGACCUGAUUUCACAAUGGAAGGAACCAGUGUUCACAGGGCAGGUACAGAUAGGCCACCUUCUCCUGUUGCCAGUGUGAUAUCAAUGAAGAGCGAUAGGUCAAGGGACAAGUCUUUGGAUUUCAAAGAAGAAGACAAAGGCACUGAUGUGUCAUCUAGAGGAGAGCAGUGUGACGUCUGCCCACUGCCAGCUGUGAAGACCUGUCUGACCUGUAAUGAUUCCUACUGCAUGACCUGUGUCAGACCGCACUACACUGAUCCAGAUCUGGAGGGACACCAGCUGCAGGACCUCCAGCAUCAGGACCUCCAGCAUCAGGACCUCCAGCAUCAGGACCUCCAGCUACAGGACCUCCAGGUCCAUCAGGGCCGCUGUGAACAGCACCAGAAAAAGCUGAAGUUCUACUGCAGGACCGACCAAUCAGCAGUUUGCUCACGCUGCUUAGUUCACAGUCAUAAAGGACAUGAUGUCAUCGAGCAGGACACGGAACGUUGGGCCCAAGAUUGCACAGUAACCAAAAUUAAAGAUGUUCCUCCACCUGGGCCGAUCCAGUUCCCCUCAGUGCUGUCAAACGCUGUGACUCUAAGAUGGUCACCACUAGAGGGCGCUGCUGGUCCCUACAGAUACAGAGUUACCUGGAGACGCGGGCACGAGACGCGCCGCAUCGAGGUAGACGGUUCUGAGGUGGAGGUGGAGAGGCUUCUUCCAGGAGAAAAGUACCACUUUAGUGUGGCCACCCUUACUGAAGAUGGCCGCCAGAGCACAUGUGUGGAGAGAUCUGUACUAACAGAGGUUCCGGUUCCAAAGAAUCUUACUGUAGCACCAGGAUCAACAUGUGUCUUUGUUGACUGGGGAAAACCAGAUGGUCUUGAGGAUAAAGUGUCUUUUCUGUUUCAACUUUUCAAGGGAAAGGAAUUAGUGAAGAGUAAAUUUACAGAUUCUCUACAGUUUUUCACCUCUGGCUUACAACAUAACAAUGACUACACUAUCCAAGUAUCCACAGCAUUGGAAAACAACUGUCAAAGCAAACCAACAUCUGAACAUUUCAGGACAGAGAUUCCAGCCCCAGAGCAUCUGACAGUGAGAUCCAUCUCUGCAUCAUCUGCUGGCCUCCGCUGGCUGGUGUCUCUUGUGAUGGAGCAGACUCCACACAGCUUCCUGGUCUCGUACCAGAGUGAAGGGACUGAGCUAAAGUCCUUCUCCACCGAGUCCUGCAGCACAGACAUCACAGGCCUGGAACCAGGAACUGAGUACACUGUUGAAGUCUACACUCAGCUCCAACAUGGCGGACAGAGCCAGCCUGCUUCUGUUCACAUGAAGACAGAGAUUCCAGCCCCAGAGCAUCUGACUGUGAGAUCCAUCUCUGCAUCAUCUGCUGGCCUCCGCUGGCUGGUGUCUCCUGUGAUGCAGCAGACUCCACACAGCUUCCUGGUCUCGUACCAGAGUGAAGGGACUGAGCUAAAGUCCUUCUCCACUGAGUCCUGCAGCACAGACAUCACAGGCCUGGAACCAGGAACUGAGUACGCUGUUGAAGUCUACACUCAGCUCCAACAUGGCGGAGAGAGCCAGCCUGCUUCUGUUCAUAUGAAGACAGGAUUCUCCCUUUCUGACCUGCUUGAAGCCUUAAAUCUGAAGAAUGAAGAGAAAAUCACAUUCAGCUCAGUCCUGGAGAUCAGCAGUGACAUGGUUUGUGACAAACCCGCACAAAGCCUUAAAGAGCUACCAUCGACCUUCUUGAGGAAGCUGAUGAUGUGCAACUUAAAUGCAAGAAAUACCAAAUGUACACAGAAAGAGACAGCCACACAUACUGAUUUAAGUUGUAUUGAUGAUCCCUAUGAAUCUGGCUGCAUAAAUCCUCUAGAUCUCAUCACUGCUUUGUUCCACUGCUCAGAUCCUUUCCUCCAGCAGGAAAUGGUCUCUAAAAUGGCCAUGUGCCAGUUUGCUGUUCCACUGCUGCUGCCAAACUGUGAUACACAGCAGAGCACUCUGAUGCUGUGGGCCAUGAGAGACAUAGUUAAAAUCUACAGACCUCCCUCUCUAGCAAGAGACAGGGAAUGUAUAGAGGGUAGGAUUGUGGAAAUGGACAUCCCGAUGGUGUCUUUUGUUAGACUGGGAGGAGGCUGUUUGCCAAAAUCUCAGAUUCUGAACAAGUUGAUCAGUAAUCCUCAUCAACACAAUGACACAUUUGUCCACCAUCACAUGGAGUGUGGUGAUGUGCCCAGGAGAAUCUCAGAUGGUCUGGUUGAAGUCAGCUGGUAUCUGCCCAGUGGGAACCCAAACGUUGACAAAUUCACAAAGCCAGUAACCAUAGCCAAUUUGAGAGGAGACGGCAGGUUGUUUCAGACCCAGAUGUCCUUCCUGUGUCAGACCUCAGCUGCAGUGUUCAUCUUCAGUGAUGAUCUAGAUGGAGACCUCAGCAGUCUGACCAACAGUGAGAACAAGGCUGAGCUGUUCCUGGUCACCAGCUCUGAGACUGAGAACUUCAACAUGAAGACACUCAAGGAUACAUACAGAAAACACAACUUCACAAAUAUGAUAGUUGGGGAAAUGCAGUGCAAAGCAUUUAUGAAAAGGUUAAGCACCUGUUUAAGUGAUAUUGUUGAAAAGACAACUCUAACAACAAAAGUGGAAGCCAUGGCUGAUAUUGCGGAUAAUGUUGGAUGUCUCACUGAUGAGAGAUGUGCCGAUUGUGUGAGAGCCAGGAAUAAUGCUCUUAAAAUCACUGGAAAACUUACGGACAUUGAGAAAUUCAAGAAGAAGAAUUUGCCUUUACAUGGACAACUCUGGAAGGAUAUCAGUAGGUUGGAGAAAGAGAUAUGCAGAAUGAGAGAAGCUAAUAAAGACAUAGAGCGCUAUAGGAGUUCAUUGAGUGACAGAGAAAAAGAACUAAGAAAUGAACAACAUGAGAAAAUAAUUUCACCCACCAUACUUAACUUCCUAGCAGGUAUCUCACCACCAGCGCCAGAGCGUCUCUACUUCCUGAAGUGGCUUAAAAUUCAGCUGGACACCCUCUCUAGACGUCACCUGUCCGAACUCAGAGAGCAAUACAACAAAAUUAGAAAUGAACAAGGAAACAUGAAUGAGAUGGCAAAGUUAAAUGAACAAAUCUCAAGAAGCUCAUUAGGUCCUGAGCACUUCUUCCGGGAACUGGGCCAGCUUUAUGAGUGUGCUUGCUCCCUCUCAGAGGAUGACCCAACUAGUAAGACUGUCCACUAUCUGCCUGCUCUGUGUGCUCAGAUGCUGCUGGAUGGGUUUCCAGUUGAGCUGGUCGAUGGAGACGCAUCCAACAUCCCAAUGAAGUGGAUUUCAGCUGUCCUGACUCAGCUACAUAAGAAGGUGCACUCUAAGAGUAGGAUCCUGGUGAUGACUGUGCUGGGAGUGCAGGGCACUGGGAAGUCCACCCUCCUCAACACCAUGUUUGGAGUUCAGUUUGCAGUCAGCAGUGGAAGAUGCACCAGAGGAGCCUUCAUGCUGAUGAUUAAGGUUUCUGAGGAAUUCAGAUCUAAGCUGGAUUGUGACUUCCUCAUGGUCAUUGACACGGAGGGCUUGAAAUCACCUGAACUGGCAGGACUAAAGACAAGCUAUGAACACGAUAACGAACUUGCUACGCUGGUCGUAGGGCUCAGUGAUGUCACUAUCAUCAAUAUUGCCAUGGAGAGCAACCAAGAGAUGAAGGACAUUCUGCAGAUUGCAGUCCAUGCCUUUCUCAGGAUGAAGGAGGUUGGGAAGAAGCCCAGAUGUGUAUUUGUGCAUCAGAAUGUGUCAGACUUGUCUGCUCAUGUAAACAAUAUGAGAGACAGGAAUAAGCUGGUGGAACAGCUAAAUGAGAUGACUCGAGCAGCAGCUAAAAUGGAGAAGAAGGAAGCCAACACAAAGUUCACUGAUGUGAUGGAAUAUGACCCUGAUAGGGACAGCUACUACAUCCCUGGACUCUGGCAUGGAACUCCUCCAAUGGCCUCAGUCAGUACUGGCUACAGUGAAGCUGCAUAUGAACUCAAGAAGAGUUUAAUUGAUCUUUUACAAAUUGGUAUGACUGAGAGACAUAAUGCAACAGAGUUUCUUUGGUGGACCCAGAGUUUGUGGAAUGCUGUAAAGUUUGAGAACUUCAUCUUUAAUUUCAGGAACAGUUUAGUGGCUGAGGCAUACACCCAAGUAUGUUCUGAAUACAACAAAUGGGAGUGGUCAUUCCAGAAAGAAGCUAACUCCUGGCUUCUGGAAAAAGAAACCUACAUUUCCAACUUUGGAUUUGCAGAUGGCAAGAAUGCACAUACUAAUAGUUUAAGAGCAGAACUUGACAAGAUGAUAUCUGAUGCAUCAGUGACUUUGGAUAGGGUUGAAGUAAAGCUGGUAAGUCACCUUGAGGAAUACUUCUCAAAAAAAUACAAUGUAAUUUUGGUUGAAAAAUACAAAGAAGAGUUCAAGAACAGUGCCAGAUGUCUGAGAAGAGAGACAGAGAAUUGUAUUAAGAACUCUCUGCACCAGGCCGUUGAAAUUAGAGAGGGAAUGGAGAAGGUUAAUGAAAUCAAGAACGCUCAGGCGGAGACAAUUGAGAAAGGGGUUUUGGAGCUGCUGCAAACCUGUCAAAAGAGUAAUGUGGACUUCACAGAUGAAUGUCUUGACCAGGAGUUUGAAAAAAUGUGGAAGGGUAUCAAUGCUAAGCUGUCCUUCAACAGACUAGAGGCAAAAAAUCUUCACAACGAAGUUUAUGAUUUGUUGAAGUCGAAUUUCGAGACAAAGGCUGGACAUUCCAGAAAAAAAUUAAAUGAGUGUGUCUUGAACAAAUGUGGCAUGGAGGAAUUCACUGUGAAGUUGGCAUGGUUUAAGAGUAUUAUAUGGUCCAGGAAUGAAAAAGAGAUGCAGGAAAUCUGUAACAACAUCAUUUUAGACAGUGAUAACUUUGUGUCAGAGAAAGUGCAGAGCAAAUCAGAUUUUCAUAACACAUAUAUCAAAGAGAUCCUCAGAGGAAUUGACGAGAAAGCAAAAGAUUGUGAAAUGGAUGAAGAAUGUGAAGUUGCUUUGAAGUUACAUGUCUGUGGUCGUGCUUUAAGAGAGUUCCAGAAAAUGCACGAUCGCUUCAUAGAGAUCAACAAUCCUCAAAGGCAGCUCGAACUGUCAAAGAGUAAAUUUAAGGAAGAGUUCAAAGACUUGUUUCUUAAGAGAGAUCAGUGUCAAAAGAAGGCAAAGGAAUUCACAGAGGAAUGUUUGAGGCCAUCUAUUCAGGACUAUGUGAGCAAAAAACUUGGCCCAGAUAUUGCAGAUGAAAUGAUGAAAGGAGAUAAUGGAGUGGAUUACAGCACAUCAACACACUUACAGUAUUCCCUUUUAAAACAGAUGCUCCAUGAAGAUAAAUAUGAGCUCUUCAAAGCUUACAUUUGCUCAUAUGAAUCUUUUGUGAAACAUUGCAUAUUGAUGGAAACAGAUCAGAUGGCAAAAGAUGGCAAAAUUGCCAUACUACAAAAGAGACGUCUCUCUGAGAUAGUCAAGAAAAUAACUGAUGCAGUGACUAUCCUCACUGAGCAAGCUGAUAGUAAUACAGAUAUAAAGACAUUUAUACAAAAUAUCUGUACCCACCUUAACGAUCAGCUUAUCUUCUCAAAAGAGUAUGUGAACAGCUUUCUCAUUCUUAAUACAGCCAAGAUUGAGCAGUUUUCCAGAAAUCUGAAAGAGUUUGUCAAACAAAUGGAGAAGUCUCUGGCUCAGAGUUAUGACAACCCAAAGGAACUGCCCUUCAAGCCUCAUGGCACGUUCUUCAACAGACUGAUUGGAUGUAGGAAACAGUGUCCCUUCUGUGGAACGCCCUGUGAAGCAGGAGGUAAAGAGCACUCAGAGCAUUUUUCCAGCAUGCACCGACCUCAAGGACUUGGAUGUUUCAAAUGGAUUAAAGACAAAAAGUUGGUGACAGACAUUUGCUCCAGUGUUGUGAUAAGUGGCUCUAAGUUCCAGUGUGACAAAACAAAUGGAAAACUUGUGCCCUACAAAGAGUACAGAACAGUCUACCCUGACUGGAAGAUAACGGGAGAUGCCAAAGUUCAGGCUACAGACUACUGGAAAUAUGUGCUGAUGAAGUUCAACACAGAAUUUGCAAGACAUUAUAAUUCAGAACCUGCAGACAUUCCAUCAAACUGGACAGAGCUUACACUAGACAAUGCGAUAGAGAGCUUGAAAAAAUCAUUCAAUAUAACUGCACCAUUACAAACACCAUUAAACUUACCUUCUGGGUUUUUUAGUUGUUCAUCUGUUUGAUCAAUCUCCCUUUUAUCAAUCUUUUGGGCACCAGAAAAUUGUUUCUUGGCUAGUUAGCCUUUCAGCAUUUAACCAUAUUUGUACUGUAUAUACUGUAUGAGUGUGUGAGUGUGUGUGUGUGUUUAUUGUAUUAGCCAUAUGCAGUGCAUCUUAUAAGAAACAUUUGUGACUGUUCUGAAUCAGUUUUCCUGAAAAGAAUUCCUUUCAAUGUAGAAUCUUUAUAGUUAUAGUAUAUUUUAUAUUAUUUGAAUACUUUAUAUAAAGAGAUUGUUUUUUUUCUGGGUCAUUUAUUGAAAAAUAAUUUCUGCAUCAUUGACCACAGUAAAUAUUUUGUUAUCUCCUCUGUUGGAGGACGCGUUCUCUAAUUUUAGAUUUAACAAUUGUUUAUAGGCUAUGCUUUCAUGAUUCUACAAUAUUGCAGUGAGAUUUUCAAAUGCAUGCUUGGUAGUUUACAAUAUUUGCUGAUUAUCACAUUCUGUUUUUAUUUGCAUUUUAUACAAUGUCCCAAUUUGCACAAUGCCCCAUCUCAAUCUAAAUCUAAAGUACAAACAGGAGAAGAGACAGCAUAAUGAACAUGUGACCUUUUAACUGGCAUGCUACAACCUGGACCAUCACAUUAGUCUAAAAUGAAUCAAUUAAUAUCUGAAACUCAACUAAAGUUAGCUUAAUUCAUAUAAAGUGGAAUGUUUUGUUCCCAGUUAAGAGUGUGGUUUGAUUUUUGAUACCACUUAAGAGCGUGUUUUGAUUUUCAUGAUUUUUGAUACCAGAUAAGAGUGUGUUUUGCUUUUCAUGAAUUUUGAUGGCAGUUAAGAGUGUUAUUUGAGCUACAUUUAGUUUACUUUAGUGGUGGUAAUUUGUUCAUUCAUUUGUUUGUUAUUAGUGUGAUUUGAUCACAUUAGUCAUAUAUUUUGGUAAUAUUAUUUUGCUAGUUAUUUGUUUAGUUAAUUGUUUUGAUUUAUGUUUAGUUUUUUACUGUGCUUUGUCUAAUCAUUAGUUUUGGUUUAGACACCUGGGGGCAGUAGUGAGCACAGGUAAAGGUGUGUGUGCGUAUAGGAAGUAGGAAGUAGGAGGGAGGCCUGUAUUGCACCUGGGUGGUGGGCACAUGUUUUUUUACUAGUGCAAGAGAUGCUUCAAAAUGUUUGCUCUGCUGGAAUCAAUAAACCAGCCACGAAACUGGA